AUGCUCGAAAAGCAGCACACGGACUUCCAGCGUGAGGCCGCCGCAAGAGCUCAACAACUGGAAGAGCAGCGGCAAGAACUUCGGAAGGAUCUGGAGCAGGAGCGCGAGCGGGCCAGAACGGAAGCACAGGAGCUGCAAAAGCAGCAGCUGGAGGUACGCAGCGAGCUGGAGCAAGAGCGCCAACGUCGUUUGUCAGAGGUGGCUGACCUGCAAUACCAGCUGGGCCGCGCACACAGUGCAAAUGAAAACCAAGAAAGGGAGAAGGAGAGGAUUGAAUCUGCUCUGAAGGAGACCCAGCGCGCGAAAGACUCCUUUGAAGCUUCCAGCAUGGCUGAAAGUCGGCAAGCGCAGGCCGAUUAUGCAGCUCAGUUGGCGAUGCUGGAGAAGCAGAGGGAGGAAUCCCAGCGCGAGGCUUCAGCCAAAGCACAGGAGAUGGAGAAGCAGUCUUUGCAGAUCCAGGAGUUGUCGCAGAAGCAGGAGGAGCUCCUGGACACUCUGAAGCACAAGGAGCAGCAAGUCCAGGAGCUGACGACUGCUGCGGCGGAAUUUCGGCAAAGCUCCCAGCAAGAGCAGAAGGAGAUGCAAGACGCUUACGAUCGUCUACAGCAGGAGCUGGAGCAGGAACGCCAGCGUGGUGAUGCCGAAGCACAGGAGCUGCAACGGCAGCUGGCGGAGGCACGUGCAGCGACCGAAGGCAAAGUGAAGGAAUUGGAGAUGAUCCAAGGAACUUUGAAGGAGACGCAGCUGGCCAAAGAAGCAUUUGAAGCGUCCAGUGCUGCAGAGAGUCGCGAGGCGCAGGCCACGUUUGAGUCCAAGUUGGCCAUGAUGGAAAAGCAGCACAGGGACUUUCAGCUUGACGCGGCCGAUCAAGCUCAACAGCUUCUGGAUCAGCGCCAAGAGCUUCAGAAGGAGCUGGAGAAUGAGCGUGAACGCAGCCAAGCUCAAGAAGGGAGGCUGCAGGCAGAGCUUGCAGAAACCAAUGCGGCUCUCGAAGGGCAGAAGCAGGAGAAGCAGAGGUUUGAAGCAUUGCUGAAGGAGGCCGAGCUCUCAAAAGAAGAACUGCAAUCCUCAAGCGAUGCCGAAAGUCGACAAGCGCAGGCCGAGUUUGCCUCGAAGGUGGCCAUGAUGGAACAGCAGCACCGGGACGCCCUGUGUGAAGCAGCUGCUGCUGCCGCCAAGCUUGAAGAGCAGCACCAAGAGCUUCAGAAGGAGCUGGAGAAUGAGCGUGAACGGGGCAGAGCUGAAGAGCAGAGGUUGCAGACAGAGCUGGCAGAAACCAACUCUGCCUUGGACGCACAGAAGCAAGAGAAGCAGACGAUCGAAGGAUUGCUGAAGGAGACCCAGCUGGCAAAAGAAGAACUGCAAUCCUCAAGUGCUGCUGAAAGUCGACAAGCCGAGGCCGACUUCGCGUCCAAGGUGGCCGUGAUGCAACAGCAGCAUGAGGACGCCCAGCGUGAAGCUGCUGCUGCAGCUGCCAAGCUUGAGGAGCAGCGUCAAGAACUUCAGCAGGAGCUGCAGAAAAGCUCAGAGAAGGUACAGCUGCAGGAGACGAACCUCAAGGAUGCCUACACUCGGCAAUUUGAGUUGGAGAUAGCCAUUCAAACAGCGGAUGAAGAAAAGCAAGAGCUCACGAGCAACGUUGACAGCCUCACGGCCGAACGAAGAGCGAUCGAAUUGGAGCGAGACGAGCUUCAGGACAGCUGUGAGCACACCAAGAAGGAGCUCAAUGAGGUGCUCCAGAGCCACCGUGCUGCCGAAGCGGACUUGCAGCGCCAGCUGGCGGAACUUCGGGAAGAAAGCGGGUUCCUGGAGACGUGGCAUCAAACCAAAGUCUUGGAGCUGGAACAGAAGAUCGAGAAGUUGAAUGCGGAGAACGCAGAGAAGGUGACGAUUUUGGAGAAGGAGCGGAAGGCGGUGGAAGAAGAGCGAGAUGCUCUACAACAACACUUGGACCUCACGCAACAAGAGUUGGACCAGGCCCAUGAAGCCCAACGAGCCACUGAAGCAGAACUCACCGGUCAAAUCACCCAAGUGAAAGCCGAAAGCAUUGGGGAUCCUGGGUCUUCAGGUUCAGGUGGAUGGCCGAAGAUGGGCAGCGUGAAGGGGGCCUUGUGGCCUUGCUGCCUUGUUCGUUCUUUUCUUGUAGUAGACUCUGGUGAAUCGGGCGUCGAAUUUCAUGUGUGUCUUUUUUUUCCCAAGAGUCCUGCUUAGCAUAACAUGUUCUAAGUUCAAUAUGUCCACUUGGUUUUUCGACAGGACUGCACUUCUUUGUUGAACACACCGACCGAGCCAGCUCUGGUCUCGCUCGCUCCGCAGCCUGCGCUCACACGGAGCCAGCGCUAUUAUUCGCGCGCCCAGGCGCAGCGAGCUUUGGAGGUCGGGCUGCUUUCGACACGGCGAUGGGUUUUCCCCAUGGAUGACCCAAGAUGGGAUUUCCCUCAACGAUCGUGAGGGUGGUUGAAGUGGUGAUUGACUGAAAAGCGAGCUCUCUGGAUGUGUGGGGCAGCCCGGGCUUGGGGCAUCAAUCCGUCCAUUCUCUACCGCUACCCCCUUGAAACAUGUAAAUGUAGAUCUGGGUGGUGGUCUACUUAAGCGAUCAUUUUGAUGGUCCAGCUGCCAGCUGCCAGCUUUGAACCCACCAAGCAGUUCAGGGCCUCAGUGGGGCGGGGGUUGCUUCUUUGGCCUCACAACAAGGCAGAGAGUCCGUUCGUAGAGGAUGUUGGGGUUGGCAGCCAUGUGACCAGCAUGCCGACUGUCCACGUGACCUGUGUUGAUACUUUUUCCGGUAAGCCUUGGUAAGCCGAG